ACAGAGGACGAUUGGAACUGUUUAGAGGAAAGGGAAAUAGUAGAGGAAGAAGUCAACUACGUUCAGCAGAAGAUCGAAAUGGCCGCGCCAGCAGAGAGGAUGGAGGUUUCUCAGGGGGAGAGUUCUGUCAAACCUGCAGCAGAGGACAUGACGUCAAAGGACUACUACUUUGACUCUUAUGCCCACUUUGGAAUUCAUGAGGAGAUGCUGAAAGACGAGGUUCGCACUUUGACUUACCGCAACUCCAUGUUCCACAACAAGCACUUGUUCAAAGACAAGGUGGUUCUGGAUGUCGGCAGUGGAACAGGCAUCCUCUGCAUGUUUGCAGCCAAAGCUGGAGCCAAGAAAGUUAUAGGGAUAGAGUGCAGUAGCAUUUCAGACUAUGCUGUGAAAAUUGUGAAGGCCAACAAUCUGGAUGAUGUUGUGACCAUCAUUAAGGGGAAGGUGGAGGAAGUGGAGCUGCCUGUGGAAGGAGUUGAUAUCAUCAUUUCGGAGUGGAUGGGAUACUGCCUCUUUUACGAGUCCAUGCUCAAUACAGUCAUUUAUGCCAGAGACAAAUGGCUGAAACCAGAUGGACUGAUUUUUCCGGACAGAGCCACACUGUAUGUCACUGCUAUUGAAGACAGGCAGUACAAGGACUACAAGAUCCACUGGUGGGAGAAUGUGUAUGGCUUUGACAUGUCCUGCAUCAAGGAGGUGGCAAUAAAGGAACCCCUGGUGGACGUGGUGGACCCUAAGCAGCUGGUCACCAAUUCCUGUCUCAUCAGGGAGGUGGACAUCUACACAGUGAAGGCGGAGGACCUGACCUUCACCUCACCGUUCUGCCUGCAAGUGAAGAGGAACGACUACAUCCACGCUCUGGUCACCUACUUCAACAUAGAGUUCACUCGCUGCCACAAGAGGAUCGGCUUCUCCACCAGCCCAGAGUCUCCUUACACCCACUGGAAGCAGACAGUUUUUUACCUGGACGACUACCUGACCGUAAAGACUGGAGAAGAAAUCUUCGGCACUUUAAGCAUGAAGCCAAACGUCAAGAACAAUAGAGACCUGGACUUUGCCGUCGAUGUAGAUUUCAGGGGUCAGCUGUGUGAGAUGUCAAAGACUUUGGAGUACAAGAUGCGUUAAGGAGCUCUUUCCCCCGUCUUUGUGUUAGUCUUUAUUAGCAGUCACAGUAUACAGGUUCACUGGGAGGGUGUUCUCUAGUAAAAGCUCCCGUGCAGCAACCUUUUAAAGACAUGUUUU